AAGGUACUUAGUAGUAGAUGUAUAACAUGAUUAUGCGGCACCUUUAAUGAAUGAUUAAUGAUAAUGUUCUUUUUCAAAUAUUAAACUGAACGAGUAGGAUAAACAGUUUAGAAAUGGUAUGCUAUCGAGAAAAGCAAGUUACCUAUCAUAAUGAAUUGAGAUUUCUUGCUUAAGAAAAGAAGAUACGGUACGUUUUGAAGUGGGUGGUUUUUCAAGGGAGGUUUGAACACAACCCUCUACCCCCGAAGUCAGGCGGUUUCAGGUGGUGGGUGCGCCGGCGCACCGGGCGGCGGCGGCGCCGUCAAAAGGUGCCCCCGCGCCUCGCGGCCUUCAGUUGAAGCCGAGGCCCGCGAUCGCCGACACGUUGUGACGCCCACUCUCGCACCAGACUGCUGAGGUUCAACACGCGACAGUGUUCACUUGUGAGUUGCGCGCCCUUUCUCUCACGCAGUGUGAUCGUGCGACGCGGUACGUGAAUGCAAAACCGGACUACUCUCUUGACACGAGACACCGACCAGGAAUCCGUCGUCUGGAAAUAUACAUUAUAUUUGUUCAGGGCAAAAGGAGGUAACACGGCAUGACUGCUACGCACGGUGGCGGACGAGAAGACGACCGUCCGGACAAAGACACUGUCUACACGAUCAAAACGGGAUUCAAAAAUGACGGCUAUCAGCACGACCGGGACUCGAAUGAAGACAUCAUCAAACCCCCUCCUUUACCGGUCGAGGACGACAAUUAUCCCACUGGAAAAGUAAAAUUAACACUAAAUGAAAAAUGGAGAAUACUGAAAAACGUAGCGGCCGUGAGCGCCGCGUUCAUGGUGCAGUUCACAGCUUUCCAGGGCACUGCGAACCUGCAGUCGUCUAUAAACGCAGCCGAAGGCCUGGGAACUGUCUCGCUAAGUUCCAUAUAUGCGGCGUCUGUCGUCUCCUGCAUAUUCAUACCCACGUUCCUAAUAAAAAGGCUGACAGUGAAAUGGACCUUGUGCCUAUCCAUGCUGUGCUAUGCUCCGUACAUCGGGGCGCAGUUCUACCCCGCUUUCUACACGCUAGUGCCUGCCGGUGUGAUGGCUGGCUUGGGAGCGGCGCCCAUGUGGACCUCGAAAGCCACGUACCUAACGCAGGCGGGAAGCGUGUACGCCAAACUGACAGACCAAGCAGUUGACGGAAUCAUUGUAAGAUUCUUCGGCUUCUUCUUCCUCGCUUGGCAAACCGCCGAACUUUGGGGAAACUUGGUCUCAAGCUUAAUAUUUUCGUCUGGAUUACACAGCAGUAAUCAUACGUUGAAUAACACAGUGGUCAGUUCGGCAUUGUUGAAAUGCGGUGCGAAUUUUUGCAUGAUGGGGGGACAAGAUCAGGACAAGAAUCACAACCUCAACAGGCCGCCGAAUGAUGAAAUCUACAAAAUCAGUGCCAUAUAUCUCGCCUGUGUGGUGGUCGCCGUGCUGAUGGUGGCUUUACUUGUAGACCCACUGUCUAGGUACGGAGAGAAGCAAAGGAAGGCGGAUCCAUCAAAAGAAUUGACUGGCAUUCAGUUACUCUCCGCCACCGCUUACCAGCUGAAGAAGCCCAACCAACAGCUACUGAUUCCCAUCACCCUUUGGAUCGGCAUGGAACAAGCUUUUAUUGGGGCUGACUACACUCAGGCGUACGUAUCUUGCGCGCUCGGCAUCCACUCCAUUGGUUACGUGAUGAUAUGCUUCGGUGUGGUGAACGCGAUCUGUUCGCUGGUGUUCGGCUCGGCCAUGAAGUACAUCGGCAGGUUCCCGAUCCUAGUGAUGGGUGCAGCCCUGCAUCUCGGCCUGAUCGUGUGGCUUCUCAUAUGGAUGCCGAACCCAAACUCGCCGUCAGUGUUCUUCGUCAUAUCGAGCCUUUGGGGCGUGGGAGACGCCGUGUGGCAGACGCAAGUCAACGGACUAUAUGGCGUGCUGUUCAGGCGUAACAAGGAGGCGGCCUUCUCGAACUACAGACUGUGGGAGAGUGCUGGGUUCGUGGUUGCGUACGCGUACUCCACGCAUCUGUGCGCGCGCAUGAAGCUUUACGUCAUGAUGGUGGUCCUUCUUAUUGGAGUGGUCGGAUACAUCAUUGUGGAAAUCCUGCAUAAGAGAAAGGCUCGUCGUCUUAAAGCCAUCGCGGAGGAUCCUGCCAUCGCAGCCGAAGCCGCCAAGCAGCCCCCUGAAGAGGAUGACGAGAAAGAUGAGAUCGAUGACGAAAUCGUUAUCACCCAUCUGUGAACAUUUAACGAUUGAACCAUCACGUUGCCACCCGCUCUCAUUUUGUGCGUUUUGGGCAAGUGUUCACCUGUCGUAGAAUAGUUUUUCAUUGCACAUGAAAUAUACAGCUACUGAUUGAUGAAGUUUUGUUUUCAAAUCAUAAAAAAUAACGAUUAAUGGAAAUGUAAUUGUUGUAUGCGUUACUUAUAUCUAGAUUAUAUGUAUACAUGGAUUGAUUGCAAUUAAUUUGUAUUGAUGAAUUACAUAUGUAUGCCGAAUUAAACAAAGAGAUAUAAUAUUACUUAUACAAAAAGUAAUGUGUCGUAAAAUUGUUAAAGUUGCGCCUGUUUGAUAGUACUACAAUGCAACUUUCAUUGCCAGGUGUAAUCAAAGAUAUUGGAGAAAUAAUAACUCAUUGCAAUAAAAAAAAUGUGUCAAAACAUGCUUUUCUAUUUAGAAAAUGGCUGAAAGAUAGACAUGAUUAAAAAUAAAUACUCUCGCUUUUUAAACGAGCGUUAACAAGAAGAAAAUGAGGUAUAAUUCUAUAUAAAUAUUUUAUAUAUUUCUUUCGUACAAAGAAUAACAUGUUUUUGUGUUGUCUGUUUUUAAAAAAUCUUCUUGUACUUUUAUUAUUAUAGUAUAUUUAUAUCAAUAAUUUUAAGUAAAUCAGCUUAUAACUAGUAGUAGCAAUACUAUCCAAUAUCGUAGUAUUAGUAGUAACUUUUUGUUAAAUUCUUCGAAAUCGUUUAAGCUUUCCUGUAACAUAAGUUUCGCUUGUGCCUUUUAAAUCGCAAUGCCGAGGGCUCAUUUCUUUUGGUUACACUCGUUUAAAGCAAUGAACUAAUAAUUGCAUAUUCAUUAAUUUUUAUUUUCAAUAAGAUGAAAACUAAAUAUCCUUUGCUCUUGAGAAACUAUUGUAAGGCAUGUGUGACAUUUUAUAUUUUAAUGAUAUUGACAGUAUUGAAUGAUAAAUAUAAUUCGAUUCUGUUCACUGAUGGUAUCGGUGCUCGUCCAACUUUGUUGCGCGUGUACUGAACAAUUUGUCAUAGCAGGUACAUUCAUAUUCAUUUGAAAGAGGUACAAAUAAAAACAACUGGGGGAAUUGUUUCCGUGAAUUGUUAAAAAUGAAUUAAGAAUUUUUUUGUGAACUGUGUUAGUUAAUUAUAGUAAAUUUGACAGAAAUUUGAUGAAUACAAGUACAAAACUAUUAUUAUCUUUGGCUACCUACCGAAAUAUAGUGACGUCGUAAAAAAGAUACUUGACGUCCACGGGCCUGUUACAUUACUUGAAAAGAAACUAAUUGAUAGAAUAACUGUCAUUAUAUGUCUCCAUUCAGAUUCAUGUUCAUUUAUGAGUAGGAGUAGGUAUUUAGCUUUGUUUACCUGACAGAUAAGGAAUCGCAUAAGUGCCCGCAAACCUUGCUCAAUAAUGAGUACAAGAUAUUUUAAAUCAGUCUUCUAACAAAAGACAACAAUGAACUGAUUAAUCAAGAACAUUUGAACAAUCAAGUGAUGUAACAAGCUCUUAAAUUUUAAAUUAGGUAAUAAAAUAAUAUUCUUGGCCAUAAUUAUUAUCUAAGUAAGUCCAUAAAUUAAACACUUUUAAUGAAGAUUUCAAAUUACAAUAAAAUCAUGUGAUCAUAGAAUCUCAUUACAUACAAAACACUAUAUACUUAACUGGUUUCUUGCCCGCAAAAUAUUUUUCAUUAUCACACGUGACGGGACGUAGAAACUGUUAAGUAAAGAAACAAAACAAGUACUUAUUCAUUUAUAUCGCGUUAGUAACACGAUUCCAAAUUUAAUAUCUCAGAAAGAAAGACUUCUUACCAUUCGUUUCCACCAAUAAGCAUGUCCUAAACUAGUUUUAAACAAAACUUGUACAAUACUUGUUAUGGCUGUCAAAACUUUCUUUCGUUUCCACUGCAUAGACAACUAGUAUCGGACAAGUAUAAAUCACUUAUUUACUUAACAUUUUUGUAAUUCCAACAAGUUUGAUACAAGUAUUGUUUACUACAUGUUUCAUAAGUGUGAACAAAAAGAAAUGGUAAAUACAUGUAUUAUACUUGGUGUAAAUGCGGGGAUAUAGGGUUGAACAUUUCAAUCCUUUUUCAAGAUUAGAUAGUAAUUAUUGACAAUAAACAACUGACGUAGAAGAGCAUAAAAAUUCGGUGAUAUAAACUUAAUAUCUUUGUUUAUGGUUUUAUUAAUGAUAUUCAUUAUGGUAGCUUUAUUAACUUACAUUCACUUAAAAAUCGGUGACAUAUUUGACUAUCUCUAAAAUGAAUGGAUAAAAUGAACCAAUAACAGGAAGCGAUAUUCUUUGCCAUCUUACAUUUAAAAGCCCUACCCAGGUAUACUGUGCCUAUGCAUAAGCGAGUAGAAUUAGUUGUAAGGUUUUAUAAAUAUCGAUAAUUGUCAUCCUAUUUCUGUUCCAAUCGGUUUACGUAACUAUUUAUUUUAUUUAUAAUACAAAUUUUAUUAUGUCUAUAAUAUUUAUAAAAAAAUGUUAGUAUAGCAGACGUAUUUAUACUGCUGUUGUUUCUAUAAUUUUAAUAAAUUGUGACAAUGAAAACCCGUGUUGAAUUUUAAUAUAGGAACAUGAAAAAGGCUGAUGAAUUAUUAUUGGAAAGUUGUACUAUGUAGACGUGCCCUUGUGUCGUGCGAAUAGCAACCUUUGUUGAAUAGUUGAUUAUAUUAUUAUGUUUAUAAUAUUAUUGUGAGAAUCAGAAUCUAUUGAAUUAAAUAAUUUUAAAAAUCGACUCUAAAGUAAGAGACAGAUGAAAUGGUAUAAAAUGCCGUAAUAUUUCCGUUGUUUUUAUACCUACAGAUUUUAAUGGCUUUUACAAAAUUUGAAAACAACAUAAACUAGAAAAAAAAUCAGGUACAGCAAUUUGAGUGGUGAUGAUCUAAUGUACUCGACAGUUAUUUUCGGAACGAGCAGUCGUUUCACGAAUUUAAUGUUUCGAGGUAUCUUUUGCGAAGCCCUAUCAGCGUAGUUCGACAAAUUGCUGCUACGAGGAUGUUAGAUUCAGUUACAAUCUCAAACAUGUGCUAUGGUUAAAUGCCGUGGUCAAUAUUUUCAAAUAAUACAUAUUGCGUUGAUAAUAUAAUAUUAUUUUGUUUUAUAUAAUGACAUGUUCGAUUGACUUUAUGCCAAUGCGGUAGGUCUCGUGUAAUCUUCGUAGUGAAAUCUUUCGUUUAAGAUUCUUAGAUCAAAUACAAUUAUUUUAGAUGUAAUAACGUUACUUUAAAUAAUACGUAGGUACUUAAGAUUGUGUAUAUUCUACUUUGAUAAUUUGUUUGUAAUAUCGUUGAGACAAGUGUGUCGUUAUUUACUGAACACGAUAUAUAUUCUAAGGAGCCACGGCUGCCAAUGGAGUGUGUCACAGUUAUUGUUUAUGUUUCCCAUAUUUGUUUAAUAACAAACUGAAUGCGUUUUUAAUACUAUUUUUUUAUACCUAUGGUUCUAGUUCAUAACGUUUCCUCUCUAUUGAAAGACAAUUAACGUCGGUUUGCACACACACUCUUUUUUUUCACAAACAAGAAUUGCCGAACAUAAUUUGUCUAUUAUUUAUGCUGAAUCCUAAUGUAAUCCUUUGAUGAGUGGCGUGCUCCUCACCAUCAAGAGAUGUUAAAUAUAUCAAUGAACAGGGUAUUAACAGUUGUGAAACGGUAAAAAUAACUUGGAUUCCGGAAAAUUUAAAAUCGAGAAACCUCCUUUGUUAUGUACUUACUUAACAAAAAGAAGUACUUAUGCAUUUUAACACAAAAUUAUCUUGAUCGAAUUUAUGUCGUUUAGUGUGUUUUCAAUGACCUUCUUUACAUAGAUAGAAGGUCAUUGUGUGUUAUAUAUUUAAUAUUGCUUAGUAGUUUGGUAAUGCAGAAUCUUCCAUAAAGGACUUUCUAGAAUCGACUAACUGGAUUAGGAUUUAAUCUUUCAAUUUCCGCAUAUUUAUAUGUUAUGUCCGAUGCAUGUUACAUAAAGAAAUUUUAAUAAAAGACAAAAUAAUUUUAAGACAUCUGGGUGAAAUGGAGUUAUUAAUUAUUUGAUAAGUGAUUUGUCGUUGUGCAAGGCACAAAUUUUAUAAACGAGCAGGUUAGGUACCAUUCGGUAGAAUUACAAACCACGUGAUAAUUAACAAUAAACAUUAUAAUUCUAAGAAUAUUAUAUAAAUGUAAAUUAAUAAUAUUUUAGUUGUAAUAGAAAGGCUAUUAUAUAAAUAAAACGCUAUAUUAUGAUGAGAUAACGCAUAUUUUUGUUAGAUCGUAGCGAGUAAUUAUAUUAUUACGUAUUUUAUUAAUUUGAAUAAAGAUGUCAUAUGAGUUUGUGAUGAAAAUAAACAUAGAUCUUGAUUGAU